AUGUCUUCAUCUAUUCAACGAGUACUUCAAAUUCGAGAUGAAUCUAUUCCUAAAGACAGUUUACUGAAAGAUUCAAAUAUUAAUUCAUCUAUUCUUGAUGUCAGUAAUAUUCCACGUCAAUGUGGCCUUUUAUCAGAUGAUGAACUUAAUAUUACUGAAAAUUAUACAGCUACUCAACUUGUUGCUCUAUUGGCUCAAGGUCAAUUAACCUCUGAACAAGUUAUUCGAGCUUAUAUUAAACGAGCUGGUAUUACUCAUCAAUUGACUAAUUGUGCUACUGAAUUUCUUAGCAAAGAAGCAAUUGACCGAGCUAAAUAUUUAGAUGAAGAAUUUAAACGACGUGGAGGACCUAUCGGAUGUCUGCAUGGUUUACCAAUUUCCACAAAAGACUUGGUAGCUAUGAAAGGUCGAAGAACUAGUGCAGGAUGGAUUAAAUGGCUCGAUAGAAUUGCAGAAGAUGAUGCUCUUAUAUUAAAAAUUCUUUAUGAUGCAGGUGCCAUUUUCUAUGUACGUACGACUCAACCGCAAAGUCUAAUGCAUUUAGAAUGUGAUAGUCCUGUUUAUGGUACUACUAUCAAUCCAUUCAAUCGAAAUCUAUCUAGUGGUGGAAGUUCGGGUGGCGAAGGUGCACUUAUAGCCAUGAAAGGUAGUCCAAUAGGUAUAGGAACUGAUAUUGGCGGGAGUAUACGUGGUCCAGCUAAUAAUAAUGGUAUUUACGGAUUUAAACCAACUAGUUUUCGAUUACCAUUGCAAGGAAUAAUAGCAGAACAAGCAGGAAGAGAAAGUAUUAUUGCUGCAAUUGGUCCACUUGCUCGAGCAAGAGAAGAUAUUAUUCUAUUUGUAAAAACAAUACUCGAUACUGAACCAUGGUUACGAGAUCCAUCACUUGUACCUAUUCCUUGGCGAUCAAUUACAUUAGAUUCGAAAAAUAUAACGAUAGCUGUUAUGUGGGAUGAUAAUGUUGUACAUCCUCAUCCACCUGUAACUCGUGCUCUUCGUGAAACGGUAGAACAUUUGAAAAAAUCUGGAAUACGAAUUAUCGAUUGGGAACCAAUUGAUCAUCAGAAAAGUUGGGAUAUAAUUAGUGCACUUUAUUAUUGUAAUGGAGCUGAAGAAGAACGAAAUGUAAUGGCAGAUGGAAAUGAAAAGCCAUUACCAUUAACUGAAUGGAUUAUUAAUCAACCACAUGUAAAAAAACGAACUUGGACAGAAAUGAAUAAAUUAAUUUCAGAUAGAGAAAUAUAUCGUACUCAAUAUGCGCAAAUAUGGAAUGAACGAGAAACUGUAUGUCAUAGUUCUAUCGAUUGUCUUCUAGCACCAGGUGCUCCAUCAGCAGCUUCUCAACAUGGUACAUCUAGAUGGUGGGGUUAUACGUCUGUAUGGAAUCUUCUUGAUUAUCCGGCUGUUAUUUUUCCUGUAACAGUUGUUGACCCUGUAAAAGAUCAGGUAGAAACUGAUUAUAAACCUAGAAAUACACUUGAUGCUGAUAAUUAUAAUUUGUAUACAUCUCCAACAUCAUAUGCUAAUGCUCCUAUUGGAUUACAAUUGAUUGGACGACGUUACAAUGAUGAAAAAGUAAUGCAAUGCCUCGAAAUAAUCGAACAAGCAAUGGGUAGAAAUUAG